GCGCCGGAAGUGAGAUUCACUUGGGUCCAGCGGCUGGCGGCGAGGAUGGCCGGGUUCGCGGAGCUCGGGCUGUCUUCGUGGCUUGUGGAUCAAUGUCGGCAGCUGGGUUUGAAGCAGCCUACACCCGUGCAGCUCGGCUGUAUUCCUGCCAUCCUGGAAGGUCGGGACUGCCUGGGCUGUGCUAAGACAGGCAGUGGCAAGACAGCAGCAUUUGUCCUGCCCAUCUUACAGAAGCUCUCUGAGGAUCCCUAUGGCAUCUUCUGCCUCGUCCUUACACCCACCAGGGAGCUGGCCUACCAGAUUGCAGAGCAGUUCCGGGUCCUGGGGAAGCCUCUGGGCCUGAAAGAUUGCAUCAUCGUUGGUGGCAUGGACAUGGUGACCCAGGCCCUGGAGCUCUCCCGCAAACCACAUGUGGUCAUUGCCACACCAGGGCGCCUGGCUGAUCAUCUCCGCAGCUCCAAUACCUUCAGCAUCAAGAAGAUCCGCUUUCUGGUGAUGGAUGAAGCAGACCGGCUGUUGGAGCAGGGUUGCACUGACUUCACAGUGGACCUGGAGGCCAUCCUGGCAGCUGUGCCAGCCUGUAGGCAGACGCUCCUCUUCAGUGCCACCCUGACUGACACACUCAGAGAGCUGCAGGGCCUGGCCACCAACCAGCCCUUCUUCUGGGAGGCUCAGGCCCCGGUACGCACAGUAGAACAGCUAGACCAGCGCUACUUGUUGGUGCCUGAGAAGGUCAAGGAUGCCUACUUGGUCCACCUGAUCCAGAACUUCCAGGAUGAGCAUGAGGACUGGUCCAUCAUCAUCUUCACCAACACAUGCAAGACCUGCCAGGUCCUGUGCAUGAUGCUACGCAAGUUCAACUUCCCCGCUGUGGCUCUACAUUCUAUGAUGAAACAGAAAGAACGCUUUGCUGCUCUGGCCAAGUUCAAGUCCAGCAUCUAUCGGAUCCUGAUUGCAACAGAUGUGGCUUCCCGGGGCCUGGACAUUCCCACAGUGCAGGUGGUCAUUAACCACAACACCCCCGGGCUCCCAAAGAUCUACAUCCACCGAGUUGGCCGGACAGCCCGUGCAGGGCGACAGGGACAGGCCAUUACACUGGUGACACAGUAUGACAUCCACCUGGUACAUGCCAUCGAGGAGCAGAUCAAGAAGAAGCUGGAGGAGUUCGUGGUGGAGGAAGCUGAGGUGCUACAGAUUCUCACGCAGGUCAACGUGGUCCGGAGGGAAUGUGAGAUUAAACUUGAGGCAGCCAACUUUGAUGAAAAGAAGGAAAUUAACAAGCGGAAGCAGUUGAUCCUGGAGGGGAAGGACCCCGACCUAGAGGCCAAGCGCAAGGCUGAGCUGGCCAAGAUCAAGCAGAAGAACCGGCGCUUCAAGGAGCAGGUGGAGCAUGCGUUGCAGCAGCAGAAGGCUGGUGGGGCUGCCCGCAAGAGGCGUCUAACCAGGGCCCAGCCUGAGGCCCGCUUGGCCCCAACACCCACCCAGCACCCAGCCUAAGGCCCACUCAGCCCCUACCUGCCCAUCCUCAGAUUCCUUCAUCCAGCUGAGGGUUGGAGAGUCCGAGGGUCUUCUCCUGUUGACAGUCCCCCCGCCAACCUGCUCCACUCUCAGUGGAGCCAUGGACACCCACAUGGUGUAGUACACAGGUCAAAACCCUGUGGCCCCAGCUGGCCCCUUCUCAAAGCCUUGACCAAAGGUCAGGCUGUAAAGAGAAGAACACUAACAACUGGGCCCAUAUCCACAGUGACCCCACUCCAGGGUCACCACAGGGUACCAUGGGAUCCAAAAGUGAAAGUGUGUCACUUCCUAGAGGCACUUAAUAAAUGAGUCUGUCAGCUUA